AUGAAAGUGGUAUUUCUGAUCGCUUUCCUUUUGGUCAUGGCUCACUGCACACCAGUACGAGAAUUUAAUCCUGGAAUUCGCCAUGAUUACUUCUUAAACUGGCAGAGGAAACCACCAAUGAACAGAGGGACUACCACAGACUCCAUGCUACCGUUCUCACCAGUGACAGAAACUGCUCCACCUCUGACUUCUACUCCAUCAGGCCUCUUUACCCCAUCAGGCCCCUCUACCCCUGACAGACGGGGAGACAUGUGA